AGGCGAAACAGAAGAUUGGGGCAGUAAAAAUGUCCGUUGGUUAUGCAACGCCUGGCUUCCUCCCUCGACAUUUCCACACCCGCUCUCUCUCUUAUUCUUCCCUCCAUUCCCAAACGCAGCCUUAUCACAGAAACAACAACAUUACUGCUCACCAUGUUAUUUCAAAGUACCCAUCAAAUUCUGCUCUUGUUGUCGCAGCUGACCUAUCUUCUUCUAAUAAUGGCACAAGACAGCCCAUGGCGCCUCCUUACAACAUUCUCAUCACUGGCUCAACUAAAGGAAUAGGUUAUGCUCUAGCUAAAGAGUUCCUCAAGGCGGGUGACAAUGUCGUCAUUUGCUCAAGAUCAGCCGAGAGAGUGGAAUCUGCUGUAAAUAAGCUGAGAGAUGAAUAUGGGGAGCAGCAUGUGUGGGGUACAAAAUGUGAUGUAAGAGAAGGACAAGACGUCAAAGAUCUAGUUGCAUUUGCACAGAAGAAUCUCAAAUACAUUGAUAUAUGGAUUAAUAAUGCAGGAUCAAAUGCAUAUAGCUUUAAGCCUUUGGCAGAAGCUUCAGAUGAAGAUCUUAUUGAAGUUGUCACUACAAAUACCCUUGGAUUAAUGAUAUGUUGCCGAGAGGCAAUCAAAAUGAUGUUGAACCAACCUCGAGGUGGCCAUAUAUUCAACAUUGAUGGAGCUGGUUCUGAUGGACGGCCAACGCCAAGGUUUGCUGCAUAUGGAGCAACAAAGCGCAGUGUGGUGCAUUUAACAAAAUCAUUACAGGCAGAGUUGCAGAUGCAAGACGUUCAAAAUGUUGUGGUGCAUAAUCUGUCGCCUGGAAUGGUGACAACUGAUCUUCUCAUGUCUGGAGCUACAACAAAGCAGGCCAAGUUUUUCAUUAAUGUUCUGGCGGAACCAGCUGAGGUGGUUGCAGCAUACCUUGUUCCGAAUAUCAGAUCCAUCCCUGCCAAUGGAUCAACAAAGCCCAAGUAUAUCAGGUUUCUUACAGGCAUAAAAGCCUACUCACAGAUAUUUUCAAGAUUUGCUUUUGGUGCUAGAAGAAACAGGCAUGUACUUGAAGAUUAAAAUGUACUUGCCUUGGUUGUAUAGAAAACAUUUACUCUUUGCUCGAAUACUGGAGUACUCAAAUCCACGACAUUUUCUUAGCUAGGAUGCUAUCAGAGCCUAAUUUUUGCUGCUGCUUCUUCAUUCUUGCCCAACCUUCAUGCUAAAUCCUGUUCUUGAGUUAUUUUAAGCAGCAGAUCCCACUGUGUAUAUGACUCAAAUGAGACAUCCUAGAAGUCAUUUCGCAAUUGAUCAAGAGAUAUGAUUGAAUAUCAUGUAAUAGUAGGAAUGCAUACUCUGGUCAACAUAUUGCAUUUUUCCACUUUUAA